AUGACCACCCAGCACCAGAUCAAGAACAACAGCAGAAGGAUCAGAACCCAAGAGUAUGCAAUGACGUACAACAAGGACGCCUUGAAGGACGAGGCAUUCAGUUACCGGAGUGACAUCAUCACCACAUCCCUGUACUGCGCUUGCAAGGACUGCAUCAAGUUCUGUUGCUACGGGAAACCCGUCAAGUGCAUUGACCCCUACCUCAUGGACAUGCGGUAUACUUUCUGGAUCUACCAAGGGCUGGUGAAAGCCAGUAAGACUACUACAACUGCUGGUAAGUCGGUUGUUCCUUCCAUACCCAUAAUAGUCCUACACUUAGAAAGGGAUUUUCCUUGGGUGUAUUUACAUAGUGCAUACAGGGAUAGUCAUCGGUUUGUCACAGAAGGCUCCGGCCCCUCGUACGCCUCCCAAAUGACCGGGACCCUGUGGUCCCUCGAUUGGAUGAACCUCGCCCAGGCCAUCCGGAAGGCGAGGAAAAUAAGACAGUAUCAUAAUCAUUUGAAAAAAACUCUUUGGCAGUUGAUCGAGGUGGUUGACCCAUACAAGCCGUGCGAUCGUUCGGACGAAGAUGAAGACUUCGUGUUUUGUGAAUGUGUGGCCGAAGCACUUAUGAAGUUGCGGCGAGCCAACCUAAUACCAAAACUAAAAUCACUGCCAGACUCCGAAGCUGACACCGACUAG